GACCUGGAUGCAACCCCCCCCCAAAAAAAUCUUGCAAUCCCUAACCCGGCAUGCAAACAUCUGCGCAGGCGCCUUAACACCUUUCCUUGGACACACCUCCUCCUUUCCCGUGGUGCACACCAAUGUUGUGCAUGUGUGUGCAAAAAGACCAUUGGUUCCUUGGCCUUGGAAAGCCAGCCGCGCUCUCCCCCUCUCCAUUGGUUCCCCUCUGCUGUCAAUCCCACUAGCUCCUCCCAUCUUUUUUUACUUAAUUAAUCGUGCCCCCCCUCUUUUUUUGCAAGUUUGUCUGUUGAAACAAAGAGAGGCGUAAAACCCGCCUUCCCAAGGAGCCUAUUGGUGAAUCCCUUUGCAGCAGGUCUUUUCAUUUGCCCUUUGCAUACACACCAGGGUAGGUUUCCCAGGGAAACCAGGAAGCUGAUGUGCUGGGGGUGUAUAUUCCCCCCCCUCCUUUCCCUUUCUCCUCCUCCCCCUUCCUUUUUGCCGAUGAACCAGGAAGUAAAGUUUGCUCGGCUUAGGAUUCCCCAGUUUUCCCAUUAAGAAGCAAGCCAGCAACUUGAGCAAUAGGUGGAGGAGGAGGAGGAGGAGGGGAGAACAGGGCAUUUUUACAGGCACGGCAGAGAGACCAUGACGACGUUAAUUCACCGGGGGCGGCGCGCAGAUGUCGGGCGAAACGUUGACAAGCGACUGGAGGGUGAGGAGGACUCCAUACCAGACAAGAAUUUGGGCGAGGAAGACUCCGGAGACUCCAAAGACAUCCGCCUCACCCUCAUGGAGGAGGUGCUGCUCCUCGGCUUGAAGGAUAAAGAGGGCUACACAUCUUUCUGGAACGACUGCAUCUCCUCUGGCCUCCGGGGCGGCAUCCUCAUUGAGCUGGCAAUGAGGGGAAGGAUACAGCUGGAGCCACAGACUAUGAGGAAAAAACGACUGCUGGACCGGAAGGUCCUCCUAAAGUCAGAUGCCCCAACGGGAGACGUCCUCCUAGACGAGACGCUGCGGCACCUCAAAGCCACCGAACCUGCCGAGACAGUGCAGACGUGGAUUGAGUUGCUGACAGGUGAGACCUGGAACCCCUUCAAGCUGCAGUACCAGCUCCGCAACGUCCGGGAGCGCAUCGCCAAGAACCUUGUGGAGAAGGGGAUCCUGACGACCGAGAAGCAGAACUUCCUCCUCUUUGACAUGACCACCCACCCGGUCACCAACACCACGGAGAAGCAGCGCUUGGUGAAGAAGCUGCAAGAGAGCGUCCUGGACCGGUGGGUCAAUGACCCCCACCGCAUGGACAGGCGGACCUUAGCCCUGCUGGUCCUGGCCCACGCCUCUGACGUGCUGGAGAACGUCUUCACCAGCCUGGUCGACGAGAAAUACGACGUGGCCAUGAACCGGUCCAAGGACCUCAUGGACAGAGACCCUGAGGCGGAAGCGGCCAAGGCGGGGGGCUCAGAGAUGAUCUGGGCUGUGUUGGCAGCCUUCAACAAGUCCUAAAGGCCUCCCGAGUCGGGUGAGGCUGUUCUGAGUGGGUUUGGCCCUCGUUUCCUCUUUAGGACUGAACCUUUUCCGUUCUGUGGAAUCUUCCCAUGCUCCUUAGCGGUGGGCAUUGGUGACUUGCCGCGCCCGUAGCCGCCACCACAGAUGUUGGGCAUGGCAGGCGACAUUCUGUUACAGGAACGCCUAUAUCUUCACCACCAUCUCCUCUUCCUCGGAUUUGGGGACUUGUUAGGUUGCAAGAACGAGCAAAGAAGUUUGUGCGCCAUUUUCUCCUUCCCCCUGGAAACACGCCCCCGUUCCGUUGUCCCCCCAGUUUAAAAUGAAGGUCUGUGUCUGCUAGAAGUGGAGUGAGCCACCUCUUUCGUUUAUUUCAAACUCUUUUCUCCGCCCCCCUCUGCUGUUUUAGGGAGGAACAAAUUACAAUGUGCAUUUGGGAUUUUUGUUUCGUUUUGUUCCGUUUUUUUCUCUCUGUGUUAAAUCUUACAACCCCAACCUCUGUUUUGCCCUGUCUCGUUUUUUCGACCCAGUUUUUCCCUUGUGCUGUUUAUUCCUUGUGUUCUGCUGGAAGAAAAAAAACCAUUACAGCACAAAUCUCUAUGCAA